UUAAAUCUUGAUCAUCAUGGACCCGGACACACGGACAGAACAACUGAAAGAAUGUUUUCGAUCAAUUGAGGAACGUAUUAAACAGUUUUCUGGAAUAAGCACAGACCUAGAUACAACGGUGAAGGAAGUUAUAUCUAGCGUAACUACAAUUCACGACCAUGUGAAAGAUUUACUACAACUUGCAAAGAAAUCUGCCUCCAUCGCUUGCGUGACACCAAGAAGUUUGACAGACAGAAAAUUUCUUGGUGAGGGUCAUUUUGGAAUGGUGUUUGAAUGUAAAUUGAAUGGAUCAAGAGUGGCUGUUAAAACAUUAAAAGAACAGGCCAAAACUAAAUUCCGUGAAUCAGAUUUACUCCGUUAUCUAAGCCAUGACAACAUUGUCGCAUACCGUGGCAUGGGUUAUAUGACUGAGAAGGAAAUGAGAGAGUUGUUACCAGAUCUAGCUGAAAAUCUUUCCCUAGAUGGAGACCAGCAUUUGUUCCUUGUGAUGGAGUUCAUGUCCAAGAACUUGUUCCAGUACAUCCGGGAUUUGGAAACGCAUGAGAGACAUGGUCUUUCGGAAAGUCAGACAUGGAGCGUUGGGAAACAGGUUACUAGUGCAUUAGCCUACCUCCACUCCUUGGACGUGGUUCACCGUGAUCUGAAGCCCGACAACAUCCUCAUAGAGGUAGGGCCUAACCGAAUCUUGGUGAAAGUAGCAGACUUCGGAUUAGCUUGGUACAGUCCCGAGGAAACAAAUGAAACAAAUUCUGUUAGACCUUCAGGAUCAACAUCUCGAGGAGGAAGUUCCUACGACUUGAAUAUCCGAUGGGGAGCACCAGAGUUUACCAGAUGUGAGAUGAAAGAAUAUAAUAUCAAGGAUUACCAAAGAGGAGACAUGUAUUCAUUUGGACUGGUGAUGGCUUAUACACUCACAGGAGUGAAAGCUUUAGCCAACAUAUCAUCAUCACGUCUUUCAUCAUCAGAAUCGGAAAAUGACCUGGAGGGUGACCCAGUUGAAUUACCAAAAUCUCUGGAAGGAACCCUUCGUACAAUUAUUGAAACAUGUGUACAACAAGAUCCAGCAGUAAGAAAAAGUGCCAGUGAUCUGAUGGCAGAAUAUUUCUCUGUGGAUAGGAAUCCAUACCAGAUUGUGCCCACACAAGUGGAAUUUUUCUCUUGUGGAUUCCUGGAGAAGACCGACAUAUAUGUAGCAGAUUCCUACAUAGAAGAAGGUGAUACAGCACUGGGCUACUUUGAAUCAGACACCAGAAAAAGACCAACAGGUUACGACCACAAUAACUUGAUGUGUAAGAUAGAAACAAGCCAUGCACCCUAUCGAGACAUACCUGACCAUUGGACAGAGGAAGAGACCAGUCAGUAUCAGGACAACCUAGAAAAUUAUUUGAAAAUGGCCAAGAAAAGAGAGAUAGACAACAACCCAACAACUGCACUGAAAGGUUUGAUAUUAGCAAGGCCUGGAGAGGAUGAAAAACAAACUGUUGAUCUCCAUUUCAAGGAGUCUGAUUAUUGUCAUCAUCGCAGUAUGCGACAAAUUUGGAUGUCACUUUCUUCUUCCGAAAAGAACAAGGAAGUACCCUACAAAGGAGAUAUCCAUCAAUAUUUCAGCAAUGCAUUUGGACUCCAUGUUGCCAUCCUGACCAAUGAGGGCCCAGACAAACCUCAGAAAUUUGUGUUUCCACAAAGAGCAAGACGAAAGGGUAUGUCCAGUCCAGGUAACUUUACCUGUGGGGCAGUAGAGAGUGUAUCCAAACCUGACUAUGAUAACAUCAAAGGCGAAACUUAUGUCAAUUUACUGAACACAGCUGCACGAGGAUUGAUGGAGGAAAUAGGCCUAGAGUUGUCUGGGAAUGAUUUGGAUGCCAUUUGUCUGACAACAGUAUACCUCAAGUUUGACUUCCAUGAAUGGGGAAUGUGUGGAUUCGUUGACCUGAAGGAUGAGAGGAUAGCUAAGCAGCACCGCCUCAGUGCAGAGAAUAUUAAGGCCCGCUUCACAAGCGGACCGAAGGACAAGUUCGAGCAUCAGACUCUGACCUUCGUGGACUUCCAACUAGAGCCAAUGGUGGAGUUUGUAUCUGAGAAUCAUGAGAACUUUGCCAGUUCGGCCAAACUUGUGGUGGUCAAAGUACUUGAGUCAUUCUUUGGAAGUGAGAAAGUACACCAAAAAUUUAACCAAGAUAUGUAGGUGGUUAAAACAGUAAAUACAUGAAAGUGUUUUUAGUUUAAGAUGAAUUAGCUGAUAACAUAGGGACUUUUAAUUGGCCUAUCUGGGUCCCCUUAAAAAUGCUUAGGAAUGAUAAAUGGCCAAAGGUGGUACCUUGUUUUAACUCAUGGUUAAAUAGAAAUAUGGUAUGAAUUGUGAAAAUCUUACUAUGACUACUUCUGUGUUUUCAUUUUUUCCAGAGACAUAUGAAUUCCUUUUCGUAAAAAAAGUAAAUUUUCUAUGAGAUCUUAAUAAUAUUGUCCAUAUUUAUUAUACUCUAAGAUAAAAGGCCAUUUUCUCCUGAGAGUUUUAAUUUCAUAACCAUGGUAUGUCCUUCCAAAAAAAGGGUAUCUCUUGAAAAACACUUAGAAUAUGGAUUUUUUUCAAAUUUUGAAGUUUUUUCUUAUAUAGAAGCUUUUUUUGAUGCCUCUUGAUGUUGUUACUUAAUUUCGCAUCUUCACAUCUUCACAGAGUAUAAUCAUUAUACCCACUAUAUAGAUAAUGUAACACACUAGUUAAAAACUUGUUGAGAUGAUUGACCCCAUGUCUAUGGAGAUUAGACUUGAUUUAGACAGGAAGUUUUAUAUCCAAACAUCAGAUUGAAUGUCCAUCCCCAGUAUAUUUGUAUACAUGUUAUAUCCAUUCAUAGGGCAUUAUUAUCACUUGUUUUGUGUGUGGAGAUUUUCUUAGGUGCAUUUAGCAUGAAUUUUUAGCAUGAAACAAAUAUUUUUGUUCCCAUCACCAUACUCUGUUGACUUAAUGUUGUGUUUGUUCAUGUUUUUUGGGUUUUUUUUAUUUCCAUUUAUUCUAAGUACAUACAUUGCAUUGUAUAUAUUUUCGUACAUAGUACAAUAUUCUAUACAUUUGCUCACAAUAUGUACAUUUUGUCCUGGAAUAGGCAUUCACAUAUAUUUAUAUUCAUGUUUUUAACACACUCAAAUAUUUCCAUGUUUUCAUUAAAACUCUUUUUACACUAAGUCAUGCAAUGGGUUCACAUAUUCCUAGAAUAUAGAUUUAAUGUAUUGUUUAUAUUUACAUAAUACUAAGUUUUAUAGACUGUGUAUUAAUGUUCACAGGUUAAAUACACUUAUUUUGAGUAUAUUUUUAUUGUACUUGUAUUUUGAUAGGUUGUAUAAAUUUUAUAAUUUUAGUGAUGAAAUCAUUUUGAAGGUUAUAUAAUAUAUGUCUUACAAAGUUUAUGUAUACUUAUUUUUGUGUGUUUACUUAUAUGGCAUAAUGUACCAAGAUACAGAUUUUUUCAUAGGUAAUAUAUAUACAUGUAUAUACUUAAAUAUGUACUUAUCUUCAUGGUAUAGUUAGGCACUUUCUUUUGCUAUGUGCAUAAUUUCAUUGUUUAUAAUAAACCUUAUGAAAAUAUUCA